GGAGGUCUGGGUGAUUUGCAAAGCCGAAGUCACUCGGAAGGGAUUAGCUAGCUUGCUAGCAGCAGAAACGUCUUCAGAUGUUGGAAUUUGCGCUAAAUGAGCUACUUUGAUCAGUGCUGACAUAUCAAGCCCAUCCUUCUGGCCUCUGGCCCCACCAGUAACAUCUCACUCUUGUUGCUCUUGUGUUGCCAGCUGGUAUUAGAGGUGAAAUCCCAGCUGUUGCCAUGGCAAUCCUUUUUGCUGUGGUGGCUCGAGGAACCACCAUCCUGGCCAAACAUGCAUGGUGUGGCGGGAACUUCCUGGAAGUGACUGAACAGAUCUUAGCCAAAAUCCCCUCAGAGAAUAACAAGUUGACUUACAGCCACGGCAGCUAUCUCUUUCAUUACAUCUGUCAUGACAGAAUCAUAUAUCUGUGCAUCACUGAUGAUGACUUUGAGAGGUCACGUGCAUUCAGUUUCCUUAGUGAAGUCAAGAAGCGUUUCCAAACAACAUAUGGGUCACGUGCGCAAACAGCCCUGCCCUACGCCAUGAACAGUGAGUUCUCCUCAACACUGGCAGCUCAGAUGAAACACCACUCAGACCCACGCGGAUCAGAUCGUGUCACUGAGAGUCAGUUGCAAGUGGAUGACCUGAAGGGCAUUAUGGUCCGCAACAUAGACUUGGUAGCUCAGAGAGGAGAGAAGCUGGAAUUGCUGAUUGACAAGACAGAAAAUCUGGUUGAUUCUUCGGUCACAUUUAAGACCACUAGUCGUAACCUUGCACGAGCCAUGUGUAUGAAGAACCUCAAGCUGACUGUUGUCAUUGUGCUGGUGUGCCUGGUGGUCCUUUACAUUAUUGUCUCUGCUGCCUGUGGAGGCCUCAAAUGGCCCACGUGUGUCAAAUAAGGGGAAACUAUGGAUAAAAGAGAGGGAGAUAAAGGAAAAAAGGAUGAGGAGGAGAAGCGCCUGUUCAACUAUGCCUGCCAAUGGACACAAAAGGAAACACAGCUUUCCUUGCUUUACUUCUCUAGCUUCAUCAUCCCUAGAAGGCACGUGCUGCUCCUCCUCCUGCCUCCUUCCUCGCCCCCUCUGUGAUAGUGUGCACAUUGACUUGCCUUCUGGACAGGGAGUCCCACCUCAUACCCACACUAAUGGACAGCAGCCAUGUGGCCUAAAACUGAUGUGGAACAAUAAUCUUGUCUUAUUCUAGUCUGGUACAUUCAUCCUGUCUCAUGCACUUAGUGGCCUGAUGUAUCAGUCUGUGAUACUGUCCUGCACCUAUCUAUGUAAUUAAUCCAUUCAGACUGAUACCAGAAUGAACCACACAGAUAGCAAAAGA